AUGAGCGGCGACUCAGAGAUGGAGUGUUUCGGCCCGGCGGCCAUCUACCUCCGCAAGCCGGAAAAAGAGCGGAUCGAAGCCCAGAACACUCCCUUCGACGCCAAGACGUCCUACUUUGUGAGCGAAGCCAGCGAGAUGUACCUCAAGGGCAAACUGUUAAAGAGAGAAGGUGGCAAAGCCACUGUCAACGUCUUACACACCAAACGUACUCUCACUGUGAAGGAAGAUGAAAUCUUCCCCAUGAAUCCCCCCAAGUUUGACAAGAUUGAGGACAUGGCCAUGAUGACCCACCUCAGCGAACCUUCCGUGCUGUAUAACCUCAAAGAGCGCUACGCGGCGUGGAUGAUCUACACCUACUCCGGGUUGUUCUGCGUCACCGUGAACCCCUACAAGUGGCUCCCGGUGUACGACUCCAAGGUCGUAGCGGGAUACAGGGGCAAAAAGAGGAUUGAGGCUCCUCCCCACAUCUUCUCCAUCUCUGACAACGCCUAUCAGUUCAUGCUUCAAGACAGAGAAAACCAGUCAGUCCUCAUCACUGGAGAAUCCGGUGCAGGAAAGACCGUGAACACCAAACGUGUCAUCCAGUACUUUGCGACAAUCGCAGUGCCCGGAGGGAAGAAGGCCGAGCCCUCUGCUGGCAAGAUGCAGGGCUCGCUGGAGGAUCAAAUCAUCGCAGCUAAUCCCCUGCUGGAGGCUUACGGUAAUGCCAAAACUGUGAGGAACGACAACUCAUCCCGCUUUGGUAAAUUCAUUAGAAUCCACUUUGCCACCUCGGGCAAGCUGGCGUCUGCGGAUAUUGAAACAUACCUCCUGGAGAAGUCUCGGGUGACCUUCCAGCUGUCUGCUGAGAGGAGUUACCACAUCUUCUAUCAGCUCAUGACGGGGCACAAACCCGAGCUGCUCGAGGCUCUCCUCAUCACCACCAACCCCUACGACUAUCCCAUGAUCAGUCAGGGCGAAAUUACCGUCAAGAGCAUUAAUGACAUUGAAGAGUUCAUCGCCACUGACACGGCCAUUGACAUCCUGGGAUUUACAGCUGAAGAGAAAGUCAGCAUGUACAAGAUAACUGGCGCUGUGAUGCAGCACGGAAACAUGAAGUUCAAACAGAAGCAGCGGGAAGAGCAAGCCGAGCCCGAUGGCACUGAAGUUGCUGAUAAAAUCUCCUACCUUAUGGGCCUGAACUCUGCCGACCUCCUGAAAGCUCUGUGCUACCCAAGGGUGAAAGUCGGAAAUGAGUUUGUGACGAAGGGUCAGACGGUGCCUCAGGUGAACAAUUCUGUCUCUGCCCUCUGCAAAUCUGUCUAUGAGAAAAUGUUCUUGUGGAUGGUGGUCAGAAUCAAUGAGAUGUUGGACACCAAGCAGCCCAGAAGCUUCUUCAUUGGUGUUUUGGACAUUGCUGGUUUUGAAAUUUUUGAUUUCAACAGCUUGGAGCAGCUCUGCAUCAACUUCACCAAUGAAAAACUGCAACAGUUUUUCAACCACCACAUGUUUGUCCUGGAACAAGAGGAGUAUAAGAAAGAAGGAAUUGAAUGGGAGUUUAUUGAUUUUGGCAUGGACUUGGCAGCCUGCAUUGAGCUGAUUGAGAAGCCAAUGGGCAUCUUCUCCAUCCUUGAAGAGGAGUGCAUGUUCCCCAAGGCUUCAGACACAACCUUCAAGAACAAACUGUACGACCAGCACCUUGGUAAGAACAAGUCCUUUGAGAAGCCAAAGCCAACCAAAGGCAAGGCUGAGGCCCACUUCUCCUUGGUGCACUACGCUGGCACUGUGGACUACAACAUUGUCGGUUGGCUGGACAAGAACAAGGACCCGCUGAAUGACUCAGUGGUUCAGCUCUACCAGAAGUCCUCUACCAAGCUGUUGGCCUUCCUCUAUGCAUCCCACGCCUCAGCAGAAGCUGAGGGUGCAGGUGGGAAGAAAGCUGGCAAGAAGAAGGGUGGUUCCUUCCAGACUGUAUCUGCCUUGUUCAGGGAGAAUCUGGGCAAACUGAUGACAAACCUGAGGAGCACACAUCCUCACUUUGUGCGCUGCCUUAUUCCAAACGAAUCCAAGACUCCAGGUCUGAUGGAGAACCACCUGGUCAUCCACCAGCUGCGUUGUAACGGCGUGCUGGAGGGCAUUAGGAUCUGUAGGAAAGGUUUCCCCAGCAGAAUCCUCUAUGGUGACUUCAAGCAAAGAUACAAAGUCCUGAACGCCAGCGUCAUCCCUGAGGGUCAGUUCAUCGACAACAAGAAGGCCUCAGAGAAACUCUUGGGCUCAAUCGAUGUGGAUCACACGCAGUACAAAUUUGGCCACACCAAGGUGUUCUUCAAAGCUGGCCUGCUGGGUACGCUGGAGGAGAUGAGGGACGAGAAACUGGCCGAGCUGGUCACAAUGACUCAGGCUCUGUGCAGAGGUUACCUCAUGAGACGAGAGUUUGUUAAAAUGAUGGCAAGGAGGGAGGCUAUUUUCACCGUCCAGUACAACGUCCGCUCAUUCAUGAAUGUGAAAACGUGGCCAUGGAUGAAGCUGUACUUCAAAAUUAAACCUCUGCUCAAGAGCGCUGAGACCGAAAAGGAGAUGGCCCAAAUGAAAGAGGACUUUGAAAAAACCAAAGAUGAUCUCGUAAAAGCGUUGGCCAAGAAGAAGGAACUGGAGGAGAAGAUGGUUUCUCUCCUGCAGGAGAAGAACGAUCUCAUGUUGCAAGUGCAAUCCGAUAGCGAAAACCUUACUGAUGCCGAAGAGAGGUGCGAGGGUCUCAUCAAAGCCAAAAUCCAGCUUGAAGCCAAACUCAAAGAGACAACGGAGAGGCUGGAGGAUGAGGAGGAAAUCAACGCUGAACUGACAGCAAAGAAGAGGAAGCUGGAGGACGAGUGCUCGGAGUUGAAGAAAGACAUCGACGACUUGGAGCUGACCCUGGCUAAAGUAGAGAAGGAGAAACAUGCCACUGAGAACAAGGUCAAAAACCUGACUGAGGAGAUGACUUCUCAAGACGAGACCAUCGCCAAGUUGACCAAAGAGAAGAAAGCCCUCCAAGAGGCCCAUCAGCAGACCCUGGAUGACCUCCAGGUGGAGGAAGACAAAGUCAACUCUCUGACCAAGGCCAAGUCCAAACUGGAGCAGCAAGUGGAUGAUCUUGAAGGAUCACUGGAGCAAGAAAAAAAGCUCCGUAUGGAUCUUGAAAGAGCGAAAAGGAAGCUGGAGGGAGAUCUGAAGCUGGCUCAAGAAUCCAUGAUGGAUCUUGAGAAUGACAAGCAGCAGUCUGAUGAAAAAAUAAAGAAGAAAGAUUUUGAGGUCAGCCAAUUACUGAGUAAGAUUGAAGACGAGCAAACUCUUGGAGUCCAGUUGCAGAAAAAGAUAAAAGAACUUCAGGCCCGUAUUGAGGAGCUGGAGGAGGAGAUCGAAGCCGAGCGAGCCGCUCGCGCCAAGGUGGAGAAGCAGAGGUCUGACCUCUCCAGGGAACUUGAGGAGAUCAGCGAGCGGCUGGAAGAGGCCGGCGGAGCCACCGCCGUUCAGAUCGAGAUGAACAAGAAGCGCGAGACCGAGUUCCAGAAGCUGCGUCGCGACCUGGAAGAGUCCACCCUGCAGCACGAGGCCACCGCCGCAGCUCUGCGCAAGAAGCAGGCCGACAGCGUGGCCGAACUCGGGGAGCAGAUCGACAACCUUCAGCGCGUCAAGCAGAAGCUGGAGAAGGAGAAGAGCGAAUACAAGAUGGAGAUCGACGACCUCAGCUGCAAUAUGGAGGCCAUUGCCAAAACAAAGGCUAAUCUUGAAAAGAUGUGCAGGACAUUAGAAGAUCAACUGAGUGACCUGAGGUCAAAGAAUGAGGAGAAUGUCCGCCAACUAAAUGAUACCAGUGUACAAAAGGCAAGACUUCAGACUGAGAAUGGUGAAAUUACACGUCAGUUGGAGGAAAAAGAAGCCCUGGUGUCUCAGCUGACGAGAGGGAAGCAGGGUUACACUCAGCAGAUUGAGGAGCUAAAGAGGCACAUUGAGGAAGAAAUGAAGGCUAAGAACGCCCUAGCUCACGCGGUCCAGUCCUCCCGCCAUGACUGCGACCUCCUGCGGGAGCAGUAUGAGGAGGAGCAGGAGGCCAAAGCUGAACUGCAGAGAGCCAUGUCCAAGGCCAAUGGCGAGGUGGCUCAGUGGAGGACCAAAUAUGAGACUGAUGCUAUCCAGCGCACUGAGGAACUUGAGGAGGCAAAAAAAAAGCUGGCCCAGCGUCUCCAGGAUGCAGAGGAGUCCAUCGAGGCGGUGAACUCAAAGUGCGCCUCUCUGGAAAAGACCAAACAGAGGCUGCAGGGCGAAGUGGAAGAUUUGAUGAUCGAUGUGGAGCGAGCUAACACUCUGGCUGCCAACCUUGAUAAGAAGCAGAGGAACUUUGACAAGGUUCUUGCUGAGUGGAAGCAGAAAUAUGAAGAAAGUCAGGCCGAACUGGAGGGAUCUCUGAAGGAGACCCGCUCGCUCAACACUGACAUGUUCAAACUGAAGAAUUCCUAUGAAGAAGCUCUGGACCACCUGGAAACCCUGAAGAGGGAGAACAAGAAUCUGCAACAGGAGAUUUCCGACCUGACCGAGCAAAUUGGGGAGACUGGAAAGACAAUCCAUGAACUUGAGAAGGGAAAAAAGACUGUAGAAAGUGAGAAGAGUGAAAUUCAGACGGCUUUGGAGGAGGCAGAGGCUACUCUGGAGCACGAGGAGUCCAAGAUUCUUCGUGUUCAGCUCGAACUGACCCAAGUCAAGAGCGAGAUCGACAGAAAGAUUGCGGAGAAAGAUGAGGAGAUGGAACAGAUAAAGAGGAACAGCCAGCGUGUGAUCGAAUCCAUGCAGACCACUUUGGAUGCUGAGAUCAGGAGCAGGAAUGAUGCCCUGAGAAUCAAGAAGAAGAUGGAGGGAGACUUGAAUGAGAUGGAGAUUCAACUGAGUCACGCCAACCGCCAGGCUGCUGAGGCCCAGAAACAGCUGAGGAAUGUCCAGGGACAACUCAAGGACGCCCAGCUUCAUCUCGAUGAAGCCAUGAGAGGUCAAGAGGACAUGAAGGAGCAGGUCGCCAUGGUGGAGCGCAGGAACAACCUGAUGCUGGCUGAGAUCGAGGAGCUGAGAGCUGCUCUGGAGCAGACCGAGAGAGGCCGCAAAGUGGCUGAAGCUGAGUUGGUUGACACCAGCGAGCGCGUUGGUCUACUGCACUCUCAGAACACCAGCUUGAUCAAUACCAAGAAGAAGCUGGAGGCUGACCUUGUCCAGGUCCAGGGUGAAGUAGAGGACGCUGUGCAGGAAUCAAGAAACGCCGAAGAAAAGGCCAAGAAGGCCAUCACCGAUGCUGCCAUGAUGGCGGAGGAGCUGAAGAAGGAGCAGGACACCAGCUCUCAUUUGGAGAGGAUGAAAAAGAACCUGGAGGUGACGGUCAAAGACCUGCAGCACCGCCUGGAUGAGGCUGAGAAUCUGGCCAUGAAAGGGGGCAAGAAGCAACUCCAGAAACUGGAGGCUCGAGUGCGGGAGCUUGAGGCCGAGGUAGAAGCUGAGCAGAAGCGAGGAUCCGAAGCUGUCAAAGGCGUCCGGAAAUAUGAGAGAAGAGUGAAGGAGCUCUCCUACCAGACUGAGGAGGACAAGAAAAAUGUCACCAGGCUGCAGGAUUUGGUGGACAAGCUGCAGCUGAAGGUCAAAGCGUACAAGAGGCAGUCAGAGGAGGCUGAGGAACAGGCUAACACUCACAUGUCGAGGUUGCGGAAGGUCCAACACGAGCUGGAGGAGGCUCAGGAGCGCGCCGACAUCGCAGAGUCCCAGGUCAACAAGCUGAGGGCCAAAAGUCGGGAAAUCGGAAAGGGGAAGGAUGCUGAAGAAUAAUAAAUAAGAUGCAACCUAUGUGGGGGAUUAAAAAGCAGAGAAUCAUAAAAUAUGAUUUUUGAUUGGAAUGCUUCCAUGAUAGACUGUAGAUGUAUUUUAAAAAAAUAAAGAUA